AUGUGGUGGCACGAGUGGGAUGCUGCUUCAAGUACAGUGGAGACACCACUUUUACUUUCCUGUCCAUUAACAGAUAGUCUAUAUGACCUGUCUGUAGUGUCUAUCGUUACGGAACCCUGCGAAGAUCCUGUUAAUGCAUUUGUAUUAAAACUCACAAGAAAAUUAACCGAAUACAAACGAACAUUUACAAUAUGCGUUAAAGAUAUGAAUUUCAAUAAAAAUAUAGCGCAGAACCUAAUAGAAUGGAUUGAAACCAACAAGAUACUGGGCGUUGACCUUAUUGACGUAUAUAUUGAUGAAAUAACCGAAGAGACCCAAAAUGUCCUAUUAAGAUAUAAAGAUCAAGGGUAUGUUAGAUUAUUUCACGUUCCUAUUAAAUAUAGAUUUGAAAGAUCCCUAUGGCAAAGAAGAAGGGAUCAUUUAGUAACUUAUAAUGAUUGCUUAUACAGAAAUUUAGCAGAAUCAGAGUAUAUUGUACCGUUAGAUGUAGAUGAAAUACUGCUGCCUAAAAUAGCUUUUAAUUUAUCAGAAUUGCUGAGACGUUUAAGAAAAUACGGUUGGAAUCCAAAAGAAUAUUCAGCAAUUUUAGUUCAAAAUGUUUUCUUUUUUGAUUUUAUGCAAGGAGUGAAUAAAUAUAAAUUCUUUAAAAAUGGUUCUAACAGGAGUAAGAUCUAUGUCAAACGAGAUAAUGUACGAAUUAACGAAGCGAUCAAUAUGGAUGUAGAAAAAAUAGAAUUAGAAGAUGAUUCUAAUAGUUUAAGUAUGUCUGAUUUAGAUAAUUUAGAUAAAGAAAAUUUAAACAAAUACGGAAUUAAGUGUAAAAGGAAAAUUCCUAUUCCCAAAUUAUCACAAAAUAUUAUUCGCUCAGCGUUAGUGAGUCGCGUUGGUUAUUAUAGUAAAAGUAUGAUGCUAACAAGAAGGGUAUUAACUGCAUUUAAUCACUACCCUUUAACAAACCUUGGAAUGACAGGUUUCGCCGGAUGGUCAGCCCCAUUCAGCGAAGUGCAGCUCAAUCAUUAUAAGGAGUCGUGCAACACGACGAUAGUGGCAGAGUGCGUGAGGUAUGGACAACGGGCUCGAGUUGAUCGCACUGCACUGCGACUGCAUCCUCGUCUAACUCAUGCUCUCACUGCUGCACUUUGCCAUAAAAUAAAAACGUUUUAA